AUGGGUGAAGUGGAAGAGACUUGGCUCCGGGGAUGUGGAGAUGUGUAUUUAGCAACCGUAACAAAGCCAGUCCCCCGAUCAGUUGCCGUCAAAUAUUGUGAAUCGCCCAGCCCUUUCCUUCAGAAGGAAUAUAGGGUUCUUCGCCACUUUCUUAAUUCACCUAAUAUCGUUCAAUGCUACGGUGAAAGCAUAACUAUUGAAGACGGUGUAACAAAUCAUAACCUGCUUCUCGAAUACGCCGCUGGAGGCAAUCUUUUGAAUUUGAUCAACACGUACGGUGGGGAAAUUCCAGAAUCUGAUGUGAUACACACUAGGAUGAUUGUUCAAGGGCUUUGCGUUAUUCAUGAAAAGGGUUACAUUCAUUGUAUCAAACCGCAGAAUAUUUUGGUUUCUCGUUCCAAUCAACCGGCUUCUCUUAGUACUUUGAAGAUCGCUGAUUUUGGGUUGGCCGAAGAACCUGGAGAAGAGACGAGGAUGCAUAGUAUCACCUUAUCAUCGAGGUACUUUGGUUAUGUCACCGGAAACUUUUUAUUAUGGACAAAUCAGUGCUGCAAUGGAUAUAUGGUCGCUGGGAUGUACCAUUGUCGAGAUGAAGAACGGAACACCUCCAUCAAUGGAAACAACCGAUAUGAUCCCCCCACAAAUGUCCAAGUCCGGAAAGAUUUUUUGAAGAGAUGCUUCGCUAUGGAUCCCAAUCAACGAUGGACUGCAAAGAUGCUUCUAACUCAUGAAUUUCUUUGUCCCAAUUAUGUUCGAAAGAAAAUUUUUCUUCCACAUGCUAUGAUGCAUCAAAACCGCAAUGCGUUGAAUCAGCUAUCUCAAGUCGAAGGCCUGUACUGA